UCAUCAUGACCAUAACAGAAGAGUGUCACUGUUGCAGAAAGUUGAAUCAAUUGCAGUGAGAAGUGAGAAAUUCAUCAAAGAUAAAAAAAAAUGGAGACAAAACCAACAGAAAUCUGCAGCUCAAAAAUGCAUGGAGGUUACAACAAGAGAUUCAAGCAUUUCAGCCCAACUCUUGGAUGUUCCAUGACUUUUCACAUUUACUUCCCACCUUCUCAUUCUCCUUCCCAAAAAUUCCCUGUGCUCUACUGGUUAUCUGGUCUUACAUGUACAGAUGAAAAUUUCAUCAUUAAGUCUGGAGCUCAACGUGCUGCUUCUAAUGAGGGUAUCGCUCUGAUUGCCCCUGACACAUCGCCAAGAGGGCUAAAUGUGGAAGGAGAAGCUGACAGCUGGGACUUUGGUGUAGGUGCGGGGUUCUAUCUGAAUGCUACACAAGAGAAAUGGAAAAAUUGGCGUAUGUAUGAUUAUGUAGUCAAGGAGUUGCCUGAACUUCUGAAGGAGAAUUUUCCACAGCUUGACACCACACGUGCAUCAAUAUCAGGUCAUUCAAUGGGAGGUCAUGGGGCCCUGAGUAUAUACUUGAAGAACCUUGACAAAUAUAAGUCAGUAUCAGCCUUUUCACCAAUUGUGAAUCCAAUAAACUGCGCCUGGGGUCAGAAGGCUUUCAGUAAUUAUCUGGGAGAAAAUAAAGCAGAUUGGGAGGAAUACGAUGCUACUUGCUUGGUUUCAAAGUUCCAUGAUAUAUCUGCAACCAUUCUGAUUGAUCAGGGAGAAGAUGACACAUUCUUGCACAAUCAAUUGCUGCCGAACAAGUUUGAGGAGGCUUGCAGGAAGGUCAAUGCACCUCUUCUGUUGCGGUUACAACCUGGUUAUGAUCACUCCUAUUUUUUCAUUGCUACUUUCAUUGAGGAUCACAUCAGCCACCAUGCUCAAGCCUUGAAGUUAUGACUCUGUACUCCCAGAAUGUGACUACUUGCUUCAUGUAUCAACUUAAUAAUAUGUUUAUCAUCAGAUGAAGGCUAUACUUAUAUUGAGGAUUUAUUACCUUUGCUUUAGCUGAAAGGGGAAGGGUGGAUGUCAUGCUGGAAUGCUAAUAAGAAAUGUCUCGAUAUAUUCUUGCGAACGAUUGCUCUUAAUUUGAACUCGUAUGUUAUGCA